UUCAGUCCAUUGUAUGUGAGAGAGACCUGAGCUGAGCGAGAGUGAACAGAGAGAAUAGGCAGGCUUGGAUUCUAACAGACUGAACUGGGAACACGGACACUCACAGGAAUACUCCACCGCCUCCUCGGAACAAAUGUUUUGAAAGGAUAAACUCUUUAAAAGUUUGAAGACCCUCUCUGUGUGUGUGUGUGUGUGUGUGUGUGUGUGUGUGUGUGUGUGUGUGUGUGUGUGUGUGUGUGUGUGUGUGUGUGUGUGUGUGUGUGUGUGUGUGUGUGUGUGUGUUUGGGAUGAAGCGCCUGUGGGACAAACACUUUCCGUUGCUCAUCCUCCUCUAUCUGGUUGGAGACGUCACCUCACAGGUUAACCCAGGUGUGUGUCGGUACCCUCUGGGGAUGUCAGGAGGGCAGAUUCAGGACGAAGACAUCUCAGCCUCCAGUCAGUGGUCUGAGUCGACUGCUGCUAGAUACGGCAGGUUGGACUUUGAGGAGGGUGAUGGCGCGUGGUGUCCAGAGAGAAUGGUGGAACCAGACAGCCUGAAGGAGUUCCUCCAGGUAGACCUGCGCUCCCUCCACUUCAUCACCCUGGUGGGCACCCAGGGCCGCCACGCAGGGGGCAUCGGCAACGAGUUUGCCCAGAUGUACAAGAUCAAAUACAGCCGUGACGGCAGCCGCUGGAUCUCCUGGAGGAACAGGCAAGGCAACCAGGUCAUUGAGGGGAACAGGAAUGCAUAUGACAUCAUGCUGAAGGACCUGGAGCCUCCGAUCAUCGCCCGCUUCGUGAGGUUCAUGCCCGUCUCAGACCACUCUAUGAACGUCUGCAUGAGGGUGGAGCUCUACGGCUGUGAAUGGCUCGACGGUUUGGUGUCCUACAACGCUCCAGCAGGAGAACAGAUGAGUCUAGAGGGCCAGCCUGUCCACUUCAACGACUCGGUGUACGACGGAGCCGUCAUCUACAGUAUGACGGAGGGCCUGGGCCAGCUGACUGAUGGGAUGUGUGGUUUAGAUGACUUCACCCACAGCCACGUCUACAAUGUGUGGCCUGGCUACGACUACGUAGGUUGGACCAACGAGAGCUUCCCCAACGGAUACGUGGAGAUCAUGUUCGAGUUCGACCGCACACGCAACUUCACCACCAUGAAGGUGCACUGUAACAACAUGUUCAUGCGGCAUAUCAAGGCAUUCCGCCAGGUUGUGUGUUACUUCCGUUCCGAGGCUGACUGGGAGGCCACGCCCCUUUCCUUCAGCCCUGUGGUGGACGACGUCAAUCCCAGCGCCCGAUUCAUCACUGUCUCUCUGGCCAAUCACAUGGCCAGUGCUAUGAAGUGCCAUUUCUACUUCGCUGACGCCUGGAUGAUGUUUAGCGAAAUCACCUUCCAGUCAGACACAGCCAUGUACAAUACUACCCUGGCUCCACCUAAGACUGGCAGUGGCCCCCCCACCAGCACUCAACCAGGGGAUGACCCUACCCACAAAAUAGACGACAGCAACACCAGAAUUCUGAUUGGCUGCCUGGUGGCCAUCAUCUUCAUCCUCGUCGCCAUCAUCGUCAUCAUCCUCUGGAGGCAGGUCUGGCAAAAGAUGCUGGAGAAGGCCUCGCGGCGGAUGCUGGACGAUGAACUAACUGCUAGUCUGUCACUACAGAGCGAGACAUUCGCCUACAGCCACAACAACCCUUCAUCAUCAUCAUCAUCAUCAUCAGCACCCAGCGAACAGGAGUCGAGCUCCACCUACGAGCGUAUCUUCCCCCUGGGCCCUGACUACCAGGAGCCUUCACGACUGAUACGCAAACUGCCUGAGUUCUCCCACAGCUCGGAGGAGGCCGCAUUGACCAGCACAGUGGUGGCAGUGACAGCCUCCAAGGCUCCCACGGCAACAUUUGCCCAGGACGGAGUCCCUCACUAUGCCGAGGCAGACAUCGUAAACCUGCAGGGCGUAACUGGGGGCAACACUUACGCGGUCCCUGCUCUAACCAUGGACCUGCUGUCAGGGAAGGACGUGGCGGUGGAAGAGUUCCCCAGGAAACUGCUCACCUUUAAAGAAAAGCUGGGCGAGGGACAGUUUGGAGAGGUCCACCUGUGUGAGGCAGAGGGCAUGCAGGAGUUUAUGGAUGAGGAUUUCUCCUUUGGUAUCAGUGACAACCAGCCAGUACUGGUGGCUGUUAAGAUGCUAAGGGCAGACGCUAACAAAAACGCCAGGAACGACUUCCUGAAGGAGAUUAAGAUCAUGUCUCGUCUGAAGGACCCGAACAUCAUCCGUCUGCUGGCUGUGUGUAUCUGCAGUGACCCCCUCUGCAUGAUCACAGAGUACAUGGAGAAUGGAGACCUCAACCAGUUCCUGUCCCGCCAUGAACCUGCGGGACAGCUAGCGCUCAUCAGCAACGCACCCACUGUCAGCUACAGUAACCUGUGCUACAUGGCCACUCAGAUUGCCUCAGGGAUGAGGUACCUCUCCUCGCUCAACUUUGUCCACAGAGACCUGGCCACGAGGAACUGUCUGGUGGGGAAGAACUACACCAUCAAGAUCGCUGACUUUGGCAUGAGCAGGAACCUGUACAGUGGAGACUACUACCGCAUCCAGGGCCGGGCCGUGUUGCCCAUACGAUGGAUGUCCUGGGAGAGCAUACUGCUGGGUAAGUUCACCACAGCCAGUGACGUGUGGGCGUUUGGGGUGACGCUGUGGGAGACCCUAACCUUCUGUAACGAGCAGCCUUACUCCCAGCUGACUGACGAACAGGUCAUAGAGAACACUGGCGAGUUCUUCAGGGACCAGAAACGACAGGUCUACCUUCCCCAGCCAGUGCUGUGUCCUGACUCUGUGUAUAAGAUCAUGCUGAAUUGUUGGAGGAGGAACACCAAGGAGAGGCCUUCCUUCCAGGACAUCCACCGAGCACUGCUGGAGAGCCAAGCUUAGGGCCAGUACCCCUGGGCCAGCACACACACACACACACAGACACACAGUCACACAGACAGACAGACAGACAGACAGACAGACAGACAGACAGACAGACAGACAGACAGACAGACGGAUGAAACGCAUCAACAACACAUUACGCAUCCAUCAAAAGUUCAACUCAAUUCAACUAAUGAUGCACAGAAAAAAAAAUACAAAAAUUACAAAUGGCUGUCAGAUUGUCUCAGAUAGAGAAGCCAAAGUGAAUUGUAGCAAUGGAAGUUCGGUACUUUUAAAAAUGUAUAAUUUAUUAAAAUUAUACUAUAAAUGAGUGUUCCCACCUUGUUUAAUGUAGUUUAUGGUAUUGGCACGUCUAUGAAUUAAAUUGUGUUUUCUUUAAGAAGACUGCUUGAAUGUAAAAAAGAAUACAAGUUUCAUUGAUGUCUUAACAAAACAUAAGUGUUCAGUUUGGAGAUUUUUGGUGAUUUUUUUAUAUUUGAAAAGGUUAUUCAUCUCAGUCAGUCUGACAGUCUGACAGUUUAUUCAAAGCCAACAGGGAUAAUUAUGUUUUCCUAAAAAGAAUGCAUUAUAAUUAUAAGACUUAAUAUUAUAACAUUAUACCUAUUGGCUUUUGAUUAAGGAGUUACAAGUGAUAAACAAAUUCAUAACAUGGACAUUAACCAAAACUUAAACAUGUCUCAACUGUAGUACUCUGGCAUACACUCUGCUACAGUGUCUGCCAGUGAUAUUUGACCAAGAGUGCUCAGAGACAUCAAUAUGUAUGUACUUCUCAAAUAUUCAUAUUUUGUAUUUAUAUGUAUUGUUUAUUUGUAUGUUCUGUUUGCUUCUUGUUUACAGUACCAGUCAAAAUUUUGGGCACACCUACUCGUUCUAGGGUUUAUCUUUAUUUUUAAUAUUUUCUACUUUGUAGAAUAAUAGUGAAGACAUCAAAACUAUGAAAGAACACAUGUGGAAUCAUGUAGUAACCAAAAAAGUGUUAAACAUUUACAUUUACAUUUAAGUCAUUUAGCAGACGCUCUUAUCCAGAGCGACUUACACAAACAAAUCAAAAUAUAUUUUAUAUUUGAGAUUCUUCAAAUAGCCACCCAUUGCCUUGAAGACAGAUGACACUCUUCGCAAUCUCUCAACCAGCUUCACCUGGAAUGCUUAUCCAACAGUCUUGAAGUCGUCCCCACAUAUGCUGAGCACUUGUUGGCUGCUUUUCCUUCACUCUGCAGUCCAACUAAUCCCAAAACAUCUCAACUGGGUUGAGGUUGGGUGAUUGUGGAGGCCAGGUCAUCUGAUGCAGCACUCUGUCACUCUCCUUCUUGGUCAAAUAGCCCUUACGCAGCCUGGAGGUGUGUUGGGUCAUUGUCCUGUUGAUAGUCUCACUAAGCGCAAACCAGAUGGUAUGGUGUAUCGCUGCAGAAUGCUAUGGUAGCCAUGCUGGUUAAGUGUGCCUUAAAUUCUAAAUAAAUCACAGUGUCACCAGCAAAGCACCAUCACACCUCCUCCUCUAUGCUUCACGGUGGGAACCACACAUGCCGAGAUCAUUCGUUCACCUACUCGGCGUCUCACAAACACAUGGCGGUUGGAACCAAAAAUUUCAAAUUUGGACUCAUCAGACCAAAGGACAGAUUUCCACUGGUCUAAUGUCCACUGCUCAUGUUACUUGGCCUAAUCAAGUCUCUUUUUUCUUAUUGGUGUCCUUUAGUAGUGGUUUCUGUGAACUCUGUGAAGCAUUUAUUUGGGCUGCAAUUUCUGAGGCUGGUAACUCUAAUGAACUUAUGCUCUGCAGCAUAGGUAACUCUGGGUCUUCCUUUCAUGUGGUGGUCCUCAUGAGAGCCAGUUUCAUCAUAGCGCUUGAUGGUUUUUGCAACUGCACUUGAAGAAUCUUUGAAAGUUCUUGACAUUUUCCGUAAUGACUGACCUUCAUGUCUUAAAGUAAUGAUGGACUGUCAUUUCUCUUUGCUUAUUUGAGCUGUUCUUGCCAUAGUAUAGACUUGGUAUUUUACCAAAUAGGGCUAUCUUCUGUAUACCACCCCUACCUUGUCACAACACAUCUGAUUGGCUCAAAGGCAUUAAUAAGGAAAGAAAUUCUAGAAGUUAACUUUUAAGAAGGCACACCUGUUAAUUGAAAUGCAUUCCAGGUGACUACCUCAUGAAGCUGGUUGAGAGAAUGCCAAGAUUGUGCAAAGCUGUCAUCAAGGGUGGCUAUUUGAAGAAUCUCAAAUAUAAAAAAGAUCUUCAUUUGUUUAACACUUUUUUGGUUACUAUGUGUUUCCAUAUGUUUUGUUCAAUAGUUUUGAUAUUUGCAUUAUUAUUCUACAAUUGAGAAAAUAGUCAAAAUAAAGAAAAACCCUUGAAUGAGUAGGUGUGCCCAAACUUUUGACUGGUACUAUAUAUUUGGGUACUGAUCAGCUUUUAUUUUUGCAUGGGAAAAGUUGUGCAUUCAGUUUUGUAUUUUGUUCAAUGUCUUUUGAGAGUGUCAUGGAAAUUCUAAAGUGAGACUGUAGAUUAUUUCAAACAAUUUAUUAUAAGAUUUGUAAAAAUGGAGCAGUCAACAAUCCACUCAACAUAGUCCAGAGUUGAUAGCUCAAACAAAUGGAAUUGGCUCUCAGCUUUUAUAGAAAAGUCCAACCUCUUUGUCUAUGUGGCAGUCUGCAGAUGUGUGCAAACAGGUGUGAGGAACAUAGUGUAUAAAAGGUGUUUAGCUUGUCUGUGCAGAUUAAGACAGCUGACGUUGCCACCGUUGUCUGUUCCUUCAUGCAAGUUUCCACACAGAAGAGUUCCUGCAGAUAGUACAAACGGUAUGUCAGAUACUUAGGUCGCACCCGACUCUUAUCUGUACGCCCAGACGUAUGACGAAGUCAUAUAAGACAAGCCUGCAUCAGCUAAAAAAACACUAGCAUAUAACAAUGGACAAUUCUCAAAGUAAAAACAGCAUAGUAUGUCUAAUUUUGAAAUUUUCCACGACAAGAGUUGUAUGAGAAAAUGGCAGUUAGCUUUGUGGGAGGUGGGGUGGAGGAUAUGCCUUCAAUAACAUUACAAAUGUUUGUUCGAGAGACGCCUAAUCUAUUCUCAUUCAUAUAUGUGACAAAAUCACUGUUCAAAUCAGAUCUGAGAUAAGCUGCAUUAGUGCGGUCCAUGUUCGCACCAUACUGAUCAGACUAUGGUGCUAAUCAGGAUCCAAACUGGAGGAGAGAUUAUGGGCCAACUGUAUGUGCAGAGUAGUCUUUGAAAAGUGAAACGUAGGAAAAUAUGCUUCAAGAGGGAAUGUUUUUUUAAUGGUUCGUGUGUUUGCUACCUUUUAUACAACGAAUGUUGUUCUAAGCUAUUUUUGUGUUGUAUUGAAAGUGUUAAAUUUGACAGUUUUUCUGAACAAGAAAGCAACUGUUUAUGAAGUAUCUCUGUUGAAAGAGAGCGAGAGCUGAACGGCCGUUUAAAGGGUUUCUGAAUAGAGUUCAGGGUGGUAAUCAGUCAGAAGGAUUUCCGACAAUGUCAACUGCACACGAGGACAGUUGUUGUGACACAAGACAGUUACUAUAGUAGCUCUCACGAUUAUAAUGUUUUUACACCAAUACCUUUAUGGCUUCAGGUUUGAACCCUACGGCUUCCACAUGUUAUAAACCUGUCUCCAGGCUUCAUACCCUACAGGCCUAGAUUUGACGUCAUACUUCCUACAAUCACACACACAGAUUCAAAGUUACUCAGAGGCCUCCUCCUUCUUAUCAGCAACCUUUGCCCCUGGACCUUAUUAUUCACAUAGUGGUGUCACUUAAUUGCAAACUAUUAAUCAUAAUGCACUAUAUCUAGUUUAUUUUCUAUUAUGGGCUGAGACCCAAAUCAAACACUAUUCUCUGAUGAUCUGUGUCCUGUUUUAUUUCUGUAUUUAAUUUUCUCAUUUUGUUUUAUGAUUCUCUCCUGACCAUGAACUAUGUGUAUAUUGCCCUGUGGGAAGUAUAUUUUGUACAUAUAUUGUAGGCCAAAGAUAAACAUGCUAAAUGGUCUGGCUGUCAUUUUGUCCCUCUUUGGUUUGUUUCAGUAGUGAUGAUGAGGCCAUGCAUUGAUAUUCUUCAGACCAAAAAGGGACCCGUUCACAGCAUCCCAGUGCUUCGUUGUGUUUGAAUGCUUUAUUAUUUUAUUAUUACAGAUAAGCCAGCUAUAAAGAGAAUGAGGGUAUACUUACAGUAUGUAUAGGAAUGAAGCUGUAUAGAGGUUAUUACUGUGUUAUUGCACAAGGAAAUUCAAUAAUGGUUUAGUUUUAUUAGAUAUUUGUAUUCUAAUGGUUUUUUGCUUAUGAAAAAACAAAUAUUUCAGAGAAAACAUCAAAUUUGUCUGGGUGAUAAUUUGUUACAGACAAAAAUAAAAAUGAAAUCACCAAAAGAAUGAUUUGUCUAUUGUAUAGCUUUACAAUAAAGACUACAUUCACAAUAUGAAUAAGAAUAAAUACAUUUGUGACACAGCCAAAUUUUAUCUCGGUUCUAGACUGACUGUGGUCUAUUGCUGGGGCGACAUCCAAUCACAUCAUAGAAGUGGUUAGCAGGGGGUUCUACCUUUACUCUACUGUGGUAAGUAGUUCAAAAAAUGUGUUUCUGUAUUUUAUACCUUUAUUUAACUAGGCAAGUCAGUUAAGAACAAAUUCUUAUUUUCAAUGACAGUCUUGGAACAUUGGGUUAAUGGCAGAUUUUUUUUUACCUUGUCAGCUCAGGGAUUCAAUCUUGCAACCUUUUGUUUACUAGUCCAAUGCUCUAACCACUAGGCUACCUGCCUCCCCUAGCAGUUGUCCAUUAUUAUAUUAAUUUGAAUGAGCAAGAAUGACUAAAGACGUGUAUUUUACUGGACCAAACAGAUAAAGAAACACAGCGUCGUUGCUUUUUUACUCUCUGUCGUGGUUUAUGGUCGAAGAAAAUCUAUUGCAACUUGCUCUUUCCUUAACUUACUAUAGUGGCAGCGAGGUUACUGUAAUAUUAGAAACUACAGUAAUGUAAAAUGCGUUGACAGUAGCCGAGGACACGUUUUAUACAUUACUGUUGCAGUUAAAGGAAAGAUUCACCCAUUUUGAAUGUUAUAUCGUUUUUGUGCACCUCAUUUCAUGUUUUCACGUGUAUCUGCAGUAGUUGGGGCGCUCGAGUGGAUCACUUUUGUUGAGUUGGUGACCAUUGUUGUUCACUGCCUUUCAAAGAUGUAUAAUAUGGGGAUAAAUAUUGUCCGACUUGCUCCUACAUUUCAACUGCAUGAACUUAACAAAAGUUGUGAUUAAAGGGCAUUAAAGCUUAAAUAUAUUUUUGGGAGCCAUGACAAAUUUCACAUAGAAAUGUGGGUUAUUGACCUGUCAUUGUUAUUGAAAGCAAGUCUGAGAAGCUGCACAUAGAUCUGUUCUAUGUGUGAUAUGUCUAAGAUAGCUGUUUUCAAGUUACAUUUUUGCAUCUUUUACUUUCAGUUUUUGUUGUAUACCAGCAUCAAACAGCUGAAAAAUCAGUAGCAGGGUUUGAGUAAAAUCACCAGGGAAGCCAAGACAGAAAAAAGCCAUAUUACAACCUAUGUGUUGGGAUAAUUGCUUGUUUGCUUUAUAACAUGUUAGUUCCUAUGCCUUGACACCCUGAUAUAUAGGCCUAAGGUAGAGACAAAAAUAAGAAAAAGUGGCAGAAUAAAUUC